ACAGCAACACCAACAAACACCAUCCACAACAACAGCCGCUUUUGGGUGUCUAGGAUCAGCAACAACAAACAACAACAACAACCAACAGCCAUGGCCUAAACUCAAUAAUCAACAACAAAACCCAAUCAUCAAUCAACAAUCAACAAUCUUCCCCCCUAACACAUUCACUCACUCACUCUCUCACACUCUCUUCUUGCAACAAAAAGCUCUUCCUCUCACAACAAAAAAUUGCAUUUUCUAUGGAAAUUGUUGGAAAAUAAUCAAAAUCAACAACAACAACAGUUAUUGAGCAACACAAAUAAGAGAGGAAAAAUCAAAAAUAAAAAAGCUUUGGGUUUUUUCAAAUGUAUUUUAUGAAUUUUUUUGGGCACGUAAAAAGUAAUUACAACAAUACACCGACAAAAACAACAACAAAUCAGGUGUCAAAUGUGAUGUGUGACUAAAACUUAAUCAAAACUAACUCACUAACAAAACAAAGAAACAAAAAAACAAAACUGAAAAAACCAAGUGGAAAAAGUGGGAAAACAAUUUGCGGCAUUUAAAUGCCAGGCCUUAGCCACAGAUUUAUUGGCAAUACCAACACCAAAAACAACAACUGCAACACUUGCAACAACAACAACAAAAAUUGACAAUCGAAUUUUUGGAGGAAAGCCCACGAAUGCAGCCAACAUUGCCACAAGCCGCUGGGACAGCCGAUAUGGAUCUGACGGCUGUUCAAUCAAUCAACGAUUGGUUUUUCAAAAAGGAGCAAAUUUAUUUAUUGGCACAAUUUUGGCAACAGCGCGCUACCCUUGCCGAGAAGGAAGUGAACACACUCAAGGAGCAACUGUCCACCAGCAAUACGGAUCCCGCCAGCGGCAGCAUCCACAGCGACAGCGACAACCACAACCACAACACAGGAGCAGCAGCAGGCGGAGGAGCAGCAGCAGCAGAAGGGGAAGCAGGAGUGCAGGAGAUCGACGAUUCGGAUCUGGAACUGGCCAGCGGUGGCGGAGGAUCUGGAUCUGGACAUCAACUGAAUAGCUCCAUUGUUGCAGCGGCCAUCACGCUGCAGCAGAACGGCGGCAAUCUGCUGGCCAACACCAAUACGCCGUCGCCCUCGCCGCCGUUGCUCAGCGCCGAGCAGCAGCAACAGUUGCAGAGCAGUCUGCAGCAGAACGGUGGUGGUGUCGGCGGCGCCUGCCUCAAUCCGAAGCUCUUCUUUAAUCACGCCCAGCAAAUGAUGAUGGAAGCGGCGGCAGCUGCCGCAGCAGCAGCGGCGGCGGCGGCUGUCCAACAGCAGCAGCAGCAUCAGCAUUCGCCCCUGCAUUCGCCAGCAGCAGAGGCAGCAGCCGCAGCGGCGGCUGUGGGACCCACAGAUCAUCAAACAGUGGCCGAGGCCACUGCAACCACCACCCACACAGCCACCACCACCAGCAGCAGCAGCAACACCACCAAUAGCAGCGGCAGCAGAAGCCGUGGCAGCCUCCACCACAACGAGGACGAGGAGCAGGACGACGAAGACGAUGAGGACGAUGAGGAGGAGAACGCCUCCAUGCAGUCGAAUGCAGCGCAUUUGGACGAUGAUGACGAUGACAUGGAGCUGGAGCCCCAUCAGUCCCUGGAGGCCAUCGAGUCUGCGGCAAGAACUGAACCACACCAACAACAACAGCAGCAGCAGCAGCGUCAGAGGCAUGUGGCUGGCGAUGCAGGAGAUCUGGAGGAGGCGUCUGCUGUAGCGGCUGUUGCGUCUGCCACCGAUCCAGAUUCAGAUCCAGUUGCAGAUGAUAUGGAAGCUAGUUUAAAUGUUAGCAAUAAUCACAAUACCGAUAGCAAUAAUAGUUGUAGUCGAAAGAACAGCAGCAACAACAGCGUCGGCACUGGUGUGGCACUGCGUGAUAGCAAUGAUGAUAUGGAUGAUCCACAUGUGGCCACAUCGGUUCAUAGUGCCGAGGAUGAUGACUGUACCAAUAACAAUACCAAUACCAGCAACAACAACAACAACAAAAACAAUGGGGGAAGCAGCAACAACAACAACAACGAGAAGCGCAAGAAGCGCAACAACAAAACAAACAGCAACAGCAACAAUCAGCCCGCUGUACAAAUAGCUGCCAAAGACAAAGAGAUUAAAGCACUUCUCGACGAGCUGCAGCGCCUGCGUGCCCUGGAACAGACGCAUCUGGUGCAGAUCCAGCGCUUAGAGGAGCAUCUGGAGGUGAAGCGGCAGCAUAUCAUGCGCCUGGAGGCACGCCUCGACAAGCAGCAGAUCAAUGAGGCUUUGGCCGAGGCUACCGCCUUGGCUGCCGCUGUCAAUGCGGCUGCCACCAAUAACAACAACAACAACAGCCAGAGCAGCGACAACAACAAGGUGAAUGCCGCCUCUCCAUCAUUGGAGGCAGCAGCAUCAGCAUCAUCCAACGAUCUGGAUGCCACCCAGGCCUCAGUCCAGGCUGAGGACGAUGAGGAGGAGGAAGAGGAGGAUGACCACCAUCAGGCCAUGCUCGUGGACAAUGACGAGGGAGAGGAGGCUGCCUCUACCACCCACCAGCACCAGCAGGUCGAUGAGGAGGACGAUGAUGAGGAGGAUGAAGAUGCCGAGGAUCAGGAUCAUCAUCGAGCUAAAAUCAAAAAGGAACAGCACAGUCCUUUGGAUCUGAAUGUUCUGAGUCCCCAGUCGGCCAUUGCGGCCGCGGCCGCUGCCGCAGCUGCCGCCGCCUGUGCCAACGAUCCCAACAAAUUCCAGGCCCUGCUCAUGGAGCGGACCAAGGCCCUGGCCGCCGAGGCCAUCAAGAAUGGUGCUGCCAAUGCCGGAUCCCAUCCGCACCACCACCACCAGCAGCAGCAGCAACAGUCGCAUCACCAGCAUCAGCACCACCAGCAGCAGCAGCAGCACCACCACCUCCAGCAACAGUCGCAACAACACAGCAGCGUCACCAACAGCAGCAGCAACAGCAGCAGCUGCAAUUCGGGUCCAGGCAGCACCACCGACGGCGCCCUCAACCACCAUCACUCGCUGGGGCAUGGCCACCACCUGGUGGGCCACAAUCCGCACGGCCUGCCCCACGGCCAUCCGCACGGCCAGCUGCUGCAUCCGGCAGCAGCCCACCACCUGCACCACGCCGACUCCAACUCCUCCAGCGCCAAUAGCACACCCAGCAGCACCGCCCAACUGGCGGCCAGCCUGGCCAGCACCCUCAACGGCAGCAAGUCCCUGCUGCAGGCAGCCGCUGCCGCCAAUGCCGCUGCGGUGGCAGCCGGUGCCGUGGCCGAGGACAACAACAACGGCUUGACGCCCAAUGCUAAUGCAGCGGCGGCAGCAGCGGCCAUGGCCGCCCACGCCCAGCAUGCGGCGGCCUUAGGACCGGGCUUCCUGCCCAGUCUGCCGGCCUUCCAGUUUGCUGCCGCGGCGGCCGCCAAUCAGGAUGGGCGCGGACACUAUAGGUUCGCGGACGCGGAGAUGAAUCUGCCGCCCGGCGCCUCGAUGGCCGGCCGACUGGGAGAGUCGCUGAUACCCAAGGGCGAUCCCAUGGAGGCCAAGCUGCAGGAGAUGCUGCGCUACAACAUGGACAAGUAUGCCAACCAGGCCCUGGACACGCUGCACAUCUCGCGGCGCGUACGGGAGCUGCUCUCCGUGCACAAUAUCGGACAGCGGCUGUUCGCCAAAUACAUCCUCGGCCUGUCGCAGGGUACCGUCUCUGAGCUGCUGAGCAAACCAAAGCCCUGGGACAAGCUGACGGAGAAGGGACGCGACAGCUACCGCAAGAUGCAUGCCUGGGCCUGUGACGAUAACGCCGUCAUGCUGCUCAAGUCGCUGAUACCCAAGAAAGAUUCGGGACUGCCUCAGUAUGCGGGACGCGGCGCUGGCGGCGGCGGCGGUGGCGAUGACUCCAUGUCAGAGGACCGCAUUGCCCACAUCCUGAGCGAGGCCUCCUCGCUGAUGAAGAGCACAGCCGCCCAGCAGCAGCGGGACCAGCAGGACCAGCAGCGGCGACACGCUGGCGAGGAUACGCACAGCAACGAGGACAGCAAGUCGCCGCCACAGAGCUGCACAUCGCCGUUCUUCAAGGUGGAACAGCAGCUGAAGCAGCAUCAGCACCGGGAGCAGCAGCAGCAGCACAUGGCCUCCGAGCAGCGGGACGCUGUGGUGGCCGCCGCCCAGCAGCAGCACCAACAGCACCAGCAGCAGCGGGAGCAGCGCGAACGGGAGCGCGAACAGCAGCAGCGACUCCGCCACGAAGAUCUCGCCCAGGACAAGAUGGCGCGACUCUACCAGGAGCUGAUAGCCCGCACACCACGCGAGGCAGCCUUCCCCAGCUUCCUGUUGUCGCCGUUCUUUGGAGGAGCCGCCGGCAUGCCCGGUGCGGCCAAUGCAUUCCCAGUUCCCGACGAGAACAUGCGCCACGCCUUCGAGCGGGAGAUCGCCAAGCUGCAGCAGCAGCACCAGCAGCAGCAGGCGGCCCAGGCCCAGGCCCAAGCCCAGGCGGUGUCCGGCUUCCCCAACUUCUCCAGCCUGAUGGCCCUGCAGCAGCAGGUGCUCAAUGGCGCCCAGGACCUCUCGCUGGCCGCCGUCAAGGACAUCAAGCUGAACGGACAGCGCGGCUCGCUGGAGCACAGCAGCAGCAGCUCCAAGGACGGUGACCGCGACGAUCCACGCGACUAUCCACAGUCGCUGCACGGCCGCAAGUCCGACACCCCGGCCCCGCCCGCACCGCCAGCCCCGCCCUCGGGCAGUGCCGGCAGCGUGCCCGGCUCGGCCAACAGCCUCGCCAGCGCCAGAGACGGCGUUGGGGCCGGAGCAGGAUCCGGUGGAGCCGGCAGCCAUGCCAGCAACUCGGCCGCCCCCAGUCCGUUGAGCAACUCGAUCCUGCCGCCGGCACUGAGCAACCAAGGGGAGGAGUUUGCGGCCACCGCCAGCCCACUGCAGCGGAUGGCGUCCAUCACCAAUUCGCUGAUCACCCAGCCGCCGGUGACGCCGCACCACAGCACACCGCAGCGGCCCACCAAGGCGGUGCUGCCGCCCAUCACCCAGCAGCAGUUCGAUAUGUUCAACAACCUGAACACGGAGGACAUUGUGCGCCGCGUGAAGGAGGCUCUCUCCCAGUAUAGCAUCUCGCAGCGCCUCUUCGGUGAGUCGGUGCUGGGCCUGUCGCAGGGCUCCGUCUCCGACCUGCUGGCCCGCCCCAAGCCCUGGCACAUGCUCACCCAGAAGGGCCGCGAGCCCUUCAUCCGCAUGAAGAUGUUCCUCGAGGACGACAAUGCCGUGCACAAGCUGGUCGCCAGCCAGUACAAGAUCGCGCCCGAGAAGCUGAUGCGCACCGGCAGCUACUCCGGCAGCCCCCAGAUGCCACAGGGGCUGGCCAGCAAGAUGCAGGCCGCCGCCCUGCCCAUGCAGAAGAUGAUGAACGAGCUGAAGCUGCAGGAGCCCGCCCAGGCGCAGCACAUCAUGCAGCAGAUGCAGGCCGUGGCCAUGUCCGCGGCCAUGCAGCAGCAGCAGCAGCAGGCGGCCGCCGCGGCCGCUGCCGUUGCCGCCCAGCAGCAGAGCCAGCACCAGCAUCCCCACCAGCACCCCCAUCCCCACGCACAUCCGCACCAGCAGCACCAGCAGCAUCAGCAGCACCAGCAGGCCGCUGCAGCCGCCCAGGCAGCCGCCGCCCUGCACCACCAGAACAUGCUGCUCACCUCGCCCGGCCUGCCGCCCCAGCAUGCCAUCAGUCUGCCCGCCUCGGGCGGCGGUGCUGUCACCUCCGUGGGCGGUGGCUCCAAUGCCGGCGGCCAGGGCAAUGCCGGCGGACCCGUUGGGCCACCGUCGGGCCCGGCUGGCGAGAAGAAGCCGAUGCUGAUGCCGGUGCAUGGGGGCGCACAUGCGCCCAAUGCGAUGCGCAGCCUGCACCAGCACAUGUCGCCCACCGUCUACGAGAUGGCCGCCCUCACCCAGGACCUGGACACGCACGACAUCACCACCAAGAUCAAGGAGGCGCUGCUGGCGAACAACAUCGGGCAGAAGAUCUUCGGCGAGGCGGUGCUGGGCCUGUCGCAGGGCUCCGUGUCGGAGCUGCUCAGCAAACCGAAGCCCUGGCACAUGCUCUCGAUCAAGGGCCGGGAGCCGUUCAUCCGGAUGCAGCUGUGGCUGAGCGACGCCAACAAUGUGGAGCGGCUGCAGCUGCUCAAGAACGAGCGGCGGGAGGCGAGCAAGCGGCGCCGCAGCACCGGCCCCAAUCAGCAGGACAACAGCAGCGACACCUCCAGCAACGACACCAACGACUUCUACACCAGCAGCCCCGGACCCGGCUCUGUGGGCUCCGUGGGCGGUGCGCCGCCCAGCAAGAAGCAGCGCGUCCUCUUCUCCGAGGAGCAGAAGGAGGCGCUGCGGCUGGCGUUCGCCCUCGACCCGUACCCCAAUGUGGGCACCAUCGAGUUCCUGGCCAACGAGCUCAGCCUGGCCACACGGACGAUCACCAACUGGUUCCACAACCACCGCAUGCGGCUCAAGCAGCAGGUGCCACACGGCCAGCCCGGCCAGGACAACCCCAUACCGAGUCGGGAGAACACCAAUGCGACGCCCUUCGAUCCCGUCCAGUUCCGCAUCCUCCUCCAGCAGCGGCUCGUCGAGCUGCACAAGGAGCGCAUGGGCCUGGGCGGUGCGCCCAUACCCUACCCACCGUACUUCGCGGCGGCCGCUCUCCUCGGCCGCAGUCUGGCGGGAAUACCGGGCGCCGCUGCUGCUGCAGGGGCAGCCGCCGCCGCGGCGGCUGUUGGUGCGGCCGGUGUCGGCGUUGGUGAUGAGCUGCAGCUGCAGGCCCUCAACCAGGCGUUCAAGGAGCAGAUGAGCGGCCUGGAUCUGUCCAUGCCGACGCUGAAGCGCGAGCGCAGCGACGACUACCAGGACGACCUGGAGAUGGACGCCAGUGGCCACAACAUGAGCGACAACGAGUCGCUGGAGGGCCAGGAGGCGGAGGACAAGGCCGUCUCCGAGUACGAGAAGGUCCUGCAGAAGUCCGCCCUCGCCUCGGCGGCUGCCGCCUACAUGAGCAACGCGGUGCGCAGCUCCCGCCGCAAGCCGGCAGCCCCCCAGUGGGUGAACCCCGCUGGCACCACCACCCCCAAUGCGGGACUGGCAGCGGCAGCCGUCGCAGCGGCAGCAGCUGCAGCCGCUGUAGCGGCACAGUCCGGCGCCGGGAGCGAGAGCGAGCGCAUCAUCAACGGCGUCUGUGUGAUGCAGCAGGGCUCCUCCGACUACGGUCGGGACGAGGCUGAUGGCAAGUCCGUGGAGGCUGGCGGCGGCGACUCGGAGCACGAGCACGCCCAGCUGGAGAUCGACCAGCGGUUCAUGGAGCCCGAGGUGCGCAUCAAGCAGGAGGAGGACGACGAUGAGGAGGAGGACCAGCAGCACCAGCAGCUGCAGCAGCAGCUGCAGCAGCAGCUGGAUGGUGGCCUCGACUGCGAGGCGGAGAAGAAGCUGAAGGUGAUCAACGAGGAGAAGCUGCGUCUGGUGCGCGUCAGCCGCCUGAGCAGCAACGGCGCCCCCGGCCAGGUUGACGCCGAGGAAUCGUCAGCGGCCUGUGUCGCCGCCACAGGAGGAGCUGCUGGCAGCGGGGCUGUGGCAGCUGCCCAGGCGGUGGCCAGUGUCGCGCCAGCAGCCGCGUGGAACUACUAGGACAGUGCAAUGAUCAACGAUGGAGAGGCAGAGGCAG